AUGAAAUUUGCACGAUAUCUAGACGAUGCCCAGAAUGGAAACGUGCCUACAUGCAACGACUACCGCGGCCUCAAAAAACGCAUCACCGCCGUCCGACGCGCACAAGAAGGCGGAGCCGCAUCGCCUGCGCAGGAUUCAUCCGAACCUGAACAUGAGCAUGACGCGGAUGGGGAGGGCUCGGAUACGCAGAAACGGAUGUCGCCUGUGAGUAUGGAAAAGAGCGAUAUUCCGGUCGAGCCGUAUGUUGGGGAUGGAGAGAAGAUGGGGGUGAUCGAGAUCGAGAGGGAGAAAGAGAAGGGAGAGAGGCAGGAGAGGGGUGUGAGUGUUGAAAAGGAGAAGGAAAGACCGAGAGAGGUGGGGAGGGACGGAAGGUGGGGUUCUGUAGCGAAGGAGGAUUUGGCUGGCGAGGACGUUGAUGUUGAAAAGGAAGCGGAUGCGGAGCUAGGAGACAAUGAAGAUAAUUCGGAGGACGAGGAUGCUGAGGGUGAAGGAGAAGUCGAAGGCGAACAACGUCGGGGACGUAGUUCACUCAAGAAAGGAAACGACUCGUCGAAAUCUGCGCCGCUCAAACUGUCGAUAUCGACGUCUCGGAGACCAAGGGAUACCACCUUUGUCACCUCACCCGUUUCACCACUGUCGCCCACCACAGAACAAGACGACCCCCUCCCUCCGACGAAUAAUGCCAGUGCCAAUGGCGUCGCGAGCGGGACCUCCUCGGGCGUGAUCAACACCAUACGUAACCGAGCUUCCAAGGUCCGAGUCCGUUCAAACACAUUCACGACACUCCACACCCGCUCCCGCUCCACCCUCGCCCCCAACCUCUUCUCCUCCACCUCUCCCAAUCCCGCCAAUCCCAACGCCAACACCCCUCCCAACGCCCACAACCUCUCAACCUCUCGCUCCUCCAUGUUCUUCCCCACCGCCAACCCUCCCACCCUCUCCGAACUCCUCACCCGCAUGUCCUCCUCGCCAGCCCAAGUCGCGUACAUCGAAAAGUUGGAGCACGAGCUCGCGAAGAUCGAGGCGUUUUAUUUGGCUAGGGAGGGAGAGGCAAGAGAGAGGGGGAGGGUUUUGAGGGAGCAGUUGAGGGAGUUGGGGGAUCAUAGGCGGGAAGCCCACCCACCCAACCAUCAUCCCUGGUCCCUCCCUUUCAUACCUCUCCCGGGCAGCCAAACGUCAAGACUCGUCCGAAGAGCGGUACAUCGGCAUCACGCAUCCAGUGUUGCAGGUCCGCUCGAGGAGAGGGAAAAGGACGAGCCGGAGUUGACGAUCUUUGGAGGUGGGAGCGGGGAACCGGAUGCGGAGAAGGAUGGAGAGGCGGAGGUGGAUGGGCUUGCGGGAGGGGUGGCGAAUGAUGUGCCUAUGGAGCCGAGGGCGAAUGGGAAUGGACAUUGGAGGGGAAAGGAUAGGGAUUCGUCUCGCGAUCGUGAGGCCAGCGGAAGUGGAAAUGGGGGUCAUGCGAACGGUAAUGGCAAUGGACUGGGCAACGGGAAACACACGAAUGGGAAGCUGAACCCGGAGGAGUAUCAGCAUGCGAGGAAGAGGUUGAAGAAGGCGGUUUUGGAGUAUUAUCGGGGUCUCGAGGUACUGAACAACUAUCGUAUCCUCAACCUCACAGGCUUCCGAAAAGCGCUCAAAAAGUUCGAGAAGAUCACCAAGAUCCCGCUCCAACAACCAUACAUGAAAGAACGCGUCGAGCUGAGCGCGUUCGCGAGCGACGAGACCGUGCAGGCGUUGUUGAAGGAUAUGGAGGAUCAGUUCGCGGCACGAUUCACCCGAGGAGACAAGAAGAAGGCGUUGUAUCGCCUGCGCGCGGAGGGAUCGCGGAAAACCCACCAUUUUAGCAGUUUUAGGACGGGAGCGAUGUUGGGGCUGGCGAUUCCGGCGCUUGUUUCGGGGAUCUAUCAGACCAGAGACGAGAGCGAAGAUCCCGUGGAGCCCGUUAUUGUUCAUUUAUGCUAUCCUGUCCACGCCGGCAAUCUUCUCGUGUUUGGUGGGGCUGAAUCUGUUGGUGUGGAACGUUUCGAGGAUCAAUUACGUGUUUAUAUUCGGGAAUAUUUCGAGAUCCCAGCUAUUGCGUGCGCUUCUCUAUGCUAUGCGUUCUGGCUAUCCUUCGCUCGUAUAGGCGGGGACAGCGUCUCAGCGACAAUAUGGCCCCUCGUGUGGCUACUUUUCAUGCUCGUGUUGAUGGUGAAUCCGAUACCGGUACUGUCGAGGAGUACUAGGUUUUGGUUCUUGAGGAAUGUGGGGAGAUUGUUGACGAGUGGGUUGCAUCGCGUCGAGUUCGCAGAUUUCUGGUUGGGCGACCAAUUCUGCUCCUUAGUCUUCUCCGUCAGCAAUAUCUGGUUCAUCGGCUGUGCCUACUCCAUCGGCUUCGAAGACGACAAACCCUGGGAUCACUGUCAAGUCUCGAACCAAUGGGCGGUCCACUUCGUGCUCUCUGCGCUGCCGUUCUUGAUCCGGUUGGUACAGAGUAUAAGACGUUAUAGCGAUUCGGGGUUGAUCACGCAUUUGAUCAAUGGAGGGAAGUACGCAACUGGAAUUGUGUAUCUUUUGAUUUAUCAUAUCUGGAGACAUAAUGGACGAGGUCGUGGAGUUGACUUUGUCUUCUUUGUUCUCCUUGGCUCGAUAUACGCCAUCUAUGCUUCGUCUUGGGACUUGCUGAUGGACUGGUCGAUCAUGAAACCGCACGCGAGGUAUCCUUUCCUUAGGCCGGAACUACUGUAUUCUAGUUAUAUACCCCUGUAUUAUUUCGCCAUUGUUACAAACAUCCUCAUCCGCUUCAUCUGGGUGCUUUACAUCCCGGACGCCGGUCCUGGGAUGCCGUUCAGGACGUGGAUAACGGGCAUGCUUGAGAUUUUACGACGGUGGCAAUGGAACUUCUAUCGUCUCGAGAACGAACAUCUAGGUAACAUGGAUCAGUACCGUAUCACGCGGGAAGUACCUCUCCCAUAUUCGUUUGACGACGUCCUACCGGAAUCGGACGAGGACGAGACUGGGAUUAGUGGCGUUGGACGUAUUAGCGGCGCGAAGGGUGCGAAGAAGGGAAGAUAG